UCUGAGUCGCGUAACUUUCUCUUUACCCAGUGCCCUCGAUCCGUUAACACCUAUGACACGCAUCACGAUUUUAUUUUACUGCUUAUCUAGUUCCUUCUGGUAGGCUCGUCCCUUCAAUAGCGUGCGCAUUCACUACCUUUGCUGUACUGUCUGCCCGAGAUAGUGUAGGGUACUGGAAGCAGUUCUCUGUAAUGUUCAUUACAAAUAGGUAAAAGUUGUUUUGUUGUUUACACCUCUUCGUUAAAAGAGUGCACUGAUUUACUUAGAGACGCCCUUGUCAUAUAUAAUACUAAAUAUACGUAUAUUUCAUAAUAAAAGAUACUAUUUAAGUAUCAAGAACUGCUCAACAGGUCAGAUGUCAUCAUUAUGAUAAAUAGGUUAUAUGUAUUAACCCCUGUGAAGAAAUGAUCGUAAUACGCGCGAGGAUGUAUCAAUAAAUCGCGUUAUUCUAUGUGCUUAAGUGAACGCGAGAUCUUAACACAUCAGUUUUGCUUCAGUACUACCUGUUGCUUUAACUGCCGAGAAUCUUUCAUAUAGAUAGACAAAUCGUAAUAAGACGUCUACCACGUGUAUUCUCAGAAAAUCACACACGAAAAAAUUUUAGACAUAAUGGCACAUACAGUUUUGGUUAUUGGUGGUGGUGGUAGAGAACAUGCCAUUGUUUGGAAACUUUCAUUAUCUCCACAUGUGAAUAAAAUUUAUGUUUCUCCUGGAAAUAUUGGAAUGACAAUAGUUGAUAAAGUUUCUUUAAUAAAAUUAAAUGUUGGGAAUAACAAGGAAGUAACCAAAUGGAGUAAAGACAAUCAUAUAAAUUUAGUAGUUAUUGGUCCAGAAGAAUAUUUGGCAAAUGGAUUAGCAGAUGAAUUAGAGAAUGUAGGGAUCCAUUGCUUUGGUCCUCAGAAAGCAGCAUCUAGAAUUGAAGCUGAUAAGUAUUGGGCAAAAAAAUUUAUGGAUAGACAUCAAAUUCCUACAGCAAGAUGGAAAGGAUUUACCGAUGCUGAUGAAGCAAAAAAGUUUGUUAUAAAUACACCAUAUCCAGCACUUGUAAUAAAAGCUGCAGGUUUGGCAGCUGGGAAAGGGGUAAUAGUAGCAAAAGAUAAACAAGAAGCAUGCAGUGCGAUAGAUAAUAUUUUAACGGAAAAAAGAUUUGGACCUGCUGGAGAGUCAAUAGUCAUUGAGGAAUUAUUAGAAGGGGAAGAAGUAUCUGUACUUGCAUUUACAGAUGGAAAAACUGUUGUACCAAUGGCACCAGCACAAGACCAUAAAAGAAUAUUUAAUGGUGACAUGGGACCAAAUACAGGCGGUAUGGGUGCUUAUUGCCCAUGUCCUUUAUUGCCAAAAGAAGACUGUAAGCUAGUAAAAUCAGAUGUUCUACAGAAAGCAAUUACUGGUCUUAGACAAGAAAAAAUUCCAUUUGUUGGUGUAUUAUAUGCUGGGUUAAUGUUAACAAAAGAUGGGCCCAAAGUUUUAGAAUUUAACUGCAGAUUUGGAGAUCCAGAAACACAAGUGGUGUUACCAUUACUUAAUUCAGAUUUAUUUACAAUUAUGAAGGCUUGCUGUGAAGGUUCAUUGACUGAAUCUCAAGUUUCAUGGCAAGAAAAUGUAUUCGCUGUUGGCGUUAUUUUGGCAUCUCGCGGGUAUCCGAUAUCCUCAUCGAAAGGACAAGUUAUAACUGGUGUGAAUAACAUUUUGAGUAAAGCGGAUCAUUUCGUUUUCCAUAGUGGAACAAGUAUUUCUCCUGAGGGAAAAUUAGUGACUAAUGGGGGAAGAGUUCUUAUUACGGUAAGUUUAGCAUCUUCAUUGGCUUUAGCUGCUGCAAAAGCUACUCAUGCUGCUCAAAAAAUAUCCUUUGAAGGAAAACAGUUUAGAACUGACAUAGCGCAUAAGGGAAUUGCAAGGUCUAUAUUGCACAAUGGAAAACUUACAUAUAAAAGCAGCGGUGUAGACAUAGUGGCGGGAGACUUAUUAGUUUCAGCUAUUAAGCCAGCUACAUGCUCAACACAACGUUUAGGAACAAUUGGUUCAAUAGGUAGCUUUGGUGGAUUAUUUGAUAUAAAAGCAACUGGUUAUAAAGAUCCCAUUUUAGUGUCUGGCACUGAUGGCGUUGGAACUAAAUUGAAGAUAGCAUUUGAAUAUAAUAAACAUGACACAGUGGGUGUAGACUUAGUAGCUAUGUGCGUAAACGAUGUUCUUGCACAUGGUGCAGAGCCACUAUUUUUCUUGGAUUAUUUUGCCUGUGGGGAAUUGAAUAUUAACGUAGCUAGCGAUGUUAUUAACGGAGUAAGCGAAGGAUGUAAACGAGCUGGAUGCUCAUUGAUUGGCGGUGAAACAGCAGAAAUGCCUGAUAUGUAUUCCCAUGGAGAGUAUGAUUUAGCCGGAUUUGCUGUAGGUGCAGUUGAAAGGGACAGAUUACUUCCACGCUUAAAUGAUAUAAAGGAUGGUGACAUUGUAAUCGGUCUACCAUCAAAUGGAAUACACAGUAAUGGAUUCAGUCUUGUCCGAAAAAUUAUUAAACUAGCAGAUAAAAAAUAUUCAGAUAUUGCACCAUUUUCUGAAAAAUCUCGCACUAUCGGUGAAGAAUUAUUGGAACCAACAAAAAUUUAUGUAAAGGGAGUAAUUUCAGCUAUGCAAACGAAUUUAGUAAAAGCAUUUGCUCAUAUUACUGGAGGUGGUCUCACAGAAAAUAUACCAAGAGUUUUACCGAAAAAUAUGAGAGUAGAACUCGAUGCUAAUAAAUGGAAAAUCCAACCAAUCUUUAGUUGGCUAGCAGCUACUGGUGAAAUUAAUAAAGAAGAAAUGCUGAAAACAUUUAACUGUGGUAUUGGCGCAGUAUUAAUAUGUUCACCAAAGGAUAAAGAUGAAGUUUUACUUAAAUUACAAGCAGAAAAUCCUGUAGUCAUUGGUCAUAUAAGUAAUCAUAAGGACAAUGAAGUUAGAGUGAAUGUUAGACAUUUUGAAACAGCAUUAGAAGUGGGAAUGAAACGAUACGUACCGAAUAUCGUUACAAAAUUAAUCAAACCUCUAAAAAGAGUAGGCGUUCUCAUAUCUGGUAGCGGUACCAAUUUGCAAUCACUAAUCGAUGCAACUCAAGAUCAAACACAACAUAUCGGCGCAGAAAUAGUUUUGGUGAUAUCAAAUAAACCAAACGUUGAAGGCCUUAAGCGAGCUGAACGAGCUGGUAUUAAGACAAUGGUUUUUAAGCAUACUGAUUAUCCUAGUCGAGAAGCUUUCGAUUCGGCAAUUAAUGUGGAACUAGAUGCUGCUGAAGUUAAUAUAGUUUGUCUAGCUGGAUUCAUGCGAAUUUUAUCUAAUAGUUUUGUAAAUAAGUGGCGAGGAGCUUUAAUAAAUGUGCAUCCGUCAUUGUUACCAUCGUUUAAAGGCGCGUAUGCACAUAAAGACGUAUUAGCAGCUGGUGUACGUGUUUCAGGAUGCACGGUACAUUUUGUUGAGGUUGAUAUAGAUUCUGGAGCAAUCAUUGAACAAGCGGCAGUACCUGUCUUACCAAAUGACACUGUAGAAACACUUCAAGAACGGGUGAAAACAGCUGAGCAUUAUAUAUUUCCCCUAGCAUUAAAACACUUAGCAAACGGUAGAAUAACAUUAAAAGAAGACAAUACUAUUAAAUGGAAUUAUUAGAAAUAAAAUAUUUUAUAUUACUUUUUGUCUGAUAAACGAUAUAUUUUUAUCUCUGGUUGUUUAUUAUUAACUUUUUAUAUACAAUUAUCUAUAACUUUAGAAAAAAGUAAUUGUUGAAUUUUAUUUUUUAUGAAAUGUUUUUAUUAAAAAUGAUGUUAAAUCUCCAAGUAUAUCUCCACUAUAGUCUUCAGUACUAUAAUUCGGAUUCACAUUUUUACAAUUUGAAUAUUUUUUGGUUUUUUUCUUUGGUACCAUAGAAAGUGCUUCAUUUGCUAGAUCUUCUAAUUUAAUAUGGAGCAUUUGUUUUUGAAGUAUAGGUACUAAUAAAUUGUAUUUAUCAAUUUUUUUAUUUACACGUUUCGUCACUAACGAAAAAUCUUUUAUAAUGUUUUCCCAAGUUGCUUCAUCCGCAGAACUCAAUGGAAGAGGACCUACUUCGUUGCGUCUUUCUUUUAACUGUUUCCGUAAAUUUUCAGUUUCUUCUCUGAUUUCUUUAGAUAAUUGUAUCCAUUCGGGAGUAAAUCCAUUUUCUAUUAACACCUGUAAAUGAAUUGCAUAUGUAACGCACUAUAAAUUUUUAAUGGAAUUUAAUUUUCCAUACCUCAUUUAAUUUAUAUGUUACAAAAUCAACAUAUGGAUUUCGCAUAUUUGCAUUUUCUUUAAGAGGUUUACCCGUGCCUGGUAAAUCAUUAAAUUCACCUUUCUUCAUUGCAUCUUGUAUUAAAUCUUCCACCAAACGAUCCAUUCCGAAGCGUGUUUUGAUAUCUUUUGCACGUUCUUUAUCCUUUCCAACCAGUGUAUUACGUUCCUCAGCUUGCAAUUUUUUAAGUCUGUGCUCUAUUACAUUUUCAACUGCUUUUUGAGCCCUAUGUGCUGUAUACAAUUUCUGUCGUUUACUAAAUGUUCCAGUUCCUACAUUAUAUGUUAAAUAGUGACGAUGCUGUGGAGCAGUAUGCUAAACAAUAAAUGAAUGUAAAUUAAUACUUUUAAAAAGUAAUAUAGUAUAUUUACAACAUUGAAUACAUACUCUAAUAUCAAAUUCUUCAACCUCAGGUAAAU